AAAGGUCACCUCAAUCUUCAUCUUCUAUAAACUACCUUCCUAGAUCUGGCUUAUGAUGGUGAAGAGGCGUACAUUCCCUCUACUGAUAGCUUCUGCUCUGGCAGUCAUGGUCUACUUCAUCUUCACAUUGCCCAGGUCACAGCCAGGCAACCACCAGCACCUCUAUCCGCACCACAUCUCUGACCAGUCCAUCACGCUUGUCAACGACACCAAACACUUCAUGGUGGGGGCCUACAAGGAACAUCGUUUGGAGGGAAGCUCCGUACGCAUCAUCAGUAUCUUCAGACGAGACUCUGUCCAGCCUCUGUACUGUGUGUUCUACUGUGGGAGUCACUGGGCUAAUGGAAUGAAGGCUGAAGUCCAGAUGCACUCUGAUCACUUUGGUUUCCACUUCGUGACAACCGACGUCCUUUGUCCGAAUCUUCCCGACUGCAACCCGUCACACGUGACCCUCGCCACACAAGCUGACGCCAAGCUCGCUCAGAACCAAACCUUCCUCCGCAUCCAGAACCUUGUGAAAAGGGAGGAAGAGGAGUUUAAGUUCAACUUCACUGUCUGUGCUUCAGGUCACCCAGACUCUGGAGAUGUACAAGCCGACGUGUUCCUCAUAGAGAACCACAUCUUCCCUAAGUCCCAGUUUGAGCCCAGUGGAAGGUUUGAACGACCCCGCUGGCUGGAUGUUCCAGGGAUCAACAUCAUGGAGCACAUCUACAGAGAGGAGCCAGACUAUCGCAUCUACCACCCCUCCAAGAUGAUAGUACGGCCCAGGUUAGAAUCUACAACCCCUCCAAGAUGA